GACACGACCUCGAGCGUUUAGACUUUGGUUGGAGCGAGGGCCCCGUCUUCGUGCGCAUCACGAGAGCAAACAAAGCAUUGCCCAGGGCUCGCACCACGCUCCAUUACGCCCACCAGCACGCCGCGAGCAAGGGCACCACGGCAGCCCUCAACCGCCACGAGAACGAGAUCGGCAGUCCGAGGGCAACCCGCACACCUCAGAAGGCAGACCUGCGCGACAUGCAGGAACGGCUCCUCUCUGACACGAUGCCGCUGGCCAUCCGCCGCCACGUUUUUCCUUGGUUCCUCGCCCUGGGCCCGAACGCACAGCUCACAAGGAGCCCUGAUUCGCUGCCAGAAGACCGCAACAUCAACAACGAGCAGGACAGGAUCGAUUGGUGCGCGGAGUAG